AUUCAACCCACUCCAACCCCUUUCCCCGUGCUUUUCUUCUCUUCCAGCCCCUCUUUCUUCUUCCCUUCCACCCCCUACCCCACCCCUACGAUUCUUUCUCUCAUUUCAGCCCCAUCUCUACCCCACCCUUCCAGCCUCCCACCCCCAUUCUUUCAUUGAUGAUAAGUGAUUCAAAAAUAAAAUCAUUAAUUUAAUUUAAUUUUUAUCUAAAUUUCGAGGGAGUUAGAUUAAAGGUUGAGAUAAUGUUCAAUGGAGAAAAUUAUUUAAUAGUGUUUUCAUGUUUGUUCUUGGGUGGUGUUAAUGGAAGAAAGUGAAAAAAAUUAAAGGAAAGUGUUGUUCUUGGGUGGUGUUGUUAAUGGAGGAAAGUGAAAAAAAAAUUAAAGUGUUGUUUUUGGGUGAUGUUGUUAAUGGAUGAAAGUGAAAUUUUUUUAAAGGAAAAUGUUGUUCUUGGGUGGUGUUAUUAAUUGAGGAAAGUGAAAAAAAAUUAAAGUGUUGUUCUUGGAUGGUAUUGUUAAUGGAGGAAAGUGAAAAAAAUUUAAAAUAAAGUGUUGUUCUUGGGUGGUGGUGUUAAUGGAGGAAAGUGAAAAAAUUUGAGGUUGUUAAUAGAGGUUUGAGUGUUGUUGAUGAUGAUUUGAAGAAGAAAGAAGAAGACAAAAGUAUCCAUUUUUUAUUUUUAUUUUUUUAAAAUUUUUAUUAUAUUUUAAAUAUAAUAUUAUUAAAAUUAUUUUCCUUUUUUUUAAAAAAUGUUACAUCAUCUUUAUGGAUCAAAUAAAUAUAUUUUAAAAAUAUUAAAGGAUAAAUAAAUAAAAAUUAAAUGUAAGUACUAAAGUGAGUUUGGUGGAUAAAAUUCCACGGGGAAAAUGUCUUCUCUCAAAAAAAAAUAAAAAAUCGUACAACUUCACUCUUAUCAUUUUUUUUUGAUACUCUUUUCUUUUUCUAUUUUCAUUCCUAAAAUAUUGUUAUUUUAUGGAGUAUAAUGGUAAUUUUUAAUUUUAAUAAAAUAUUGUGGGAGUCCAUAGAAACACUUAGUUGGUGCGAAUGUACUAGCAAGUACUUCAAUAACUCCAACUUCACAAACUACUUUACUGUUCCCUCUUUCGAAUUGUUCUCUUCCAUUCAAAUUACCACUCUACCUGCUCUUUCUACUGUACAAGAAGAAGAAGGCCAGCGAAACCUCAUACAUAAAAAAAAAAGAUCUAAAUUUUUCUUCAGUCAGAGUUAUUGGGAAGAUUGGAAAAUUUCUGUAAAGAAAGAAAGAAAAAGAAGAGAGAAAAGAAAGGAGAUCCCUAUAAAGAGGGGAGUUAUGGCGUCAAAGGUGAUGUUGUCAGCAUCAACAACAACGCCUAAUUCGGAUCCUUCUUCUUCUUCUCUUCAUCCCCACCCUAUUACUUCUUCUUCUUCUUCUUUACAUCAUCAACUUCACUCUCAUCCUUCUACGAACUUCGGUUCUAUGAACAUGGAUGAAAUUCUUCAUAACAUGUAUUCUGAUUCUGACCCUUUUGCUUCUGACCCCACCGCCACCGAUGCUGCCGCUGUUAAUCCUGUUUCCGGUGGUGGGGAUGUGGGGCCCAGUAAGACUGUGGAUGAGGUGUGGAGGGAGAUUGUAGCAGCGGGUGGGGGUAGGAGUAGGGAGCCGGAGAUGACUCUGGAGGAUUUCCUGACGAAAGCUGGUGCGGUUACAGAGGAGGAUGUUAGAGUUCCGGUGAUUGCUCCUCCUCCUCCACCGCCACCGCCACCGCCACCGCCGUCUUCAUCGACGGAGGUGUUGGCUCCGGCUGUUGGAGGAGGGUUUGUUGUGGAUAACAUGAUGGGUACUGGGAAUUGUCAGUUUUCAGUGGCCAUGCAGCAGAAUGGACCAGGUGGGUAUGGUAUGGAACCACCACCACCACCCCACAUGGGAUAUGCAAAUGGGGUUGUGGCGGCUAUUUCAGGGAGUGGAAGAGGGAAGAGAAGGUCAACUGUGGAGGAGCUGCCGGCUGACAAAGCUACACAGCAGAAACAGCGGCGGAUGAUAAAGAACAGAGAGUCUGCUGCCAGGUCUAGAGAGCGAAAACAGGCUUAUACUGUGGAAUUGGAGUCUUUGGUUACACAAUUGGAGGAGGAAAAUGCAAGGCUGUUGAGGGAAGAGGAAGAGAAGAAUAAGGAGAGGCUUAAGCAGAUUAUGGAGAACCUGAUACCAGUUGUAGAGAAGCGAAGACCACCAAGGAUUCUGCGAAGAGUUCGAUCUAUGAGCUGGUAGGUUGUCUUCAAAUCUCCUUAACCAUAUGAAGUAAGAAUCGAUAAUGGUAUGGUGCUUCUGUCGGAGCUGCAAGAAUCGAUAAUGGUAUGGUGCUUCUGUCGGAGCUGCUGAAAACUUAAGAGGAGGAAGAGGUUGUUCUGGUUGCCAAAGGAAUUUGGGACCGUAAAUAGUCUGUAGUUCAACUUAUUAGAUGACGGAACUGUUAAAUAGAGCACUUCAAAACUGAACCUGAGAAAAGCUGCAAAGUGCUAAUAUGAAUUAUGCAUGACUAGAGUAUGUAGUAUUAGAUGCUUAUGCUUUUAUAGCGUUCUGUAGUUUGUUGGCGUAGUAGAAGAGGAUAUACUGUACUUUUAGCUUCCGCAGGCAUAUCAUGCUGGUUGCAGGGAAGAGGGAUGAACUUUGUUCAAUGUUUAUAAAACUUAACUAAUAUUACAGUAGCGUCUGUUUUUAGAAUAAGAAUUGAUCUUAUUUAUGUUAA